AGCAUGUUCUAUUCAUUCUAGCUCAGCUUGAAAAUCACCGCUGAGUUCCAAAUAUGGCCAAGCGUUCUCUGUGGCGCACCGGCUCUAAGCUCGCGGCGACGCUGCUCGCCGGAGGUGCGACAGCCACCAUCGCUACCUCCGACGAUCCAGCAAUGACGCUGAAACUCUGCACCGCCGUACCUGUCCGCCUUGCACGUGAUACAGCUACUGCCGCAUCUAUCGCCUUUGAUUAUGAAUAUUCACUAUGGGGACUACCAGAAGGAAGUGAUGAGAGGUCUAAGAUCAAACAUGACGUUCAUUUGCGGUCGGCGCAUAAGCUUCAGGAACUGUGUUUCAAAAAUGGAGGAAUUUAUAUCAAGCUUGGUCAACACAUUGCACAGCUUGAGUAUUUAAUCCCUGAGGAGUAUGUCAAGACAAUGAGGGAGUCAAUGCUCAACAAAUGCCCAGUCUCUUCAUAUGAUCAAGUGUGUGAAGUUUUCAAGAAAGAGCUUGGGGAAACCCCUGAUAAAGUUUUUGUCGAGUUUGAUCCUGUUCCCGUAGCAAGUGCAUCCCUUGCUCAAGUCCAUGUUGCUCGGACAGCUGAUGGCCAAAAAGUUGCUGUGAAGGUACAACACACUCAUAUGACAGAUACCGCGGCUGCAGAUAAUGCCUCCGUUGAAUUCAUUGUGAACACUCUCCAAUGGAUUUUCCCUUCUUUUGAUUACAGAUGGUUGGUUGCCGAAAUGCGUGAAAGUAUACCCAAGGAACUUGAUUUUUUGUUAGAGGCAAAAAAUAGCGAGAAGUGUUUGGACAAUUUUCGGAAGCUAUCUCCUCAUAUUGCAGACUAUAUCCAUGUACCAAAGGUCUAUUGGAACUUGAGUACCUCGAAAUUGUUAACCAUGGAAUUUAUGGAUGCUGUGCAAGUGAACGAUGUGAAGGCUAUUCAAAGACUUGGAAUUCAACCUAAUGAAGUUGCAAAAUUAGUUAGUCAAGCUUUUGCUGAGAUGAUGUUCAAACAUGGAUUUGUGCACUGUGAUCCACAUGCUGCUAACUUGCUAGUUCGCACUUUGCCUUCUGGUAAAAGAAGCAUCUUAGGCAAGCAGAAACCACAGUUAAUUCUUUUAGACCAUGGACUGUAUAAAGAACUUGACUUUGCUACUAGAUUCAAUUAUGCUGCUCUUUGGAAGGCAUUGAUAUUUUCUGAUGCUAAUUCAAUAAAAGAAAAUAGCAUUAAAUUGGGUGCUGGAGAGGAUCUAUAUGCAUUAUUUGCUGGGAUUCUUACCAUGCGACCUUGGAAUAGGGUUGUUGACCCAGCUGUAGAUCAUUUGGUUAUACACGGCAAUGACUCUGAGCGUUCAGAACUACAGAUGUACGCAUCUCAAUAUUUUCCUCAAAUCUCGGAGCUUUUAAGGAGGUUACCACGUGUCAUUUUGCUAAUGCUGAAGACAAAUGACUGUUUACGGGCAGUAAAUAAUUCUCUGAUGCAGAAGUCUUCUGCCGAGACAUUUUUCAUCAUCGGAAAAGUUUCCUCGAAGGCGGUGGUGGAGGCAAAGAAGUUGCAAAGGAGAUCUUUCAUAAGUAAGAUAGAUAUAUGGGUAGAGGAACUUUUAUUGGAGGCUCGACUCUGGGGAAUGCGGAUUGCGUUGUGGCUCUUACAAUUCAGAAGAGCUUUGCCUGGUUUAGGGUAGAAUUCGUUUCAAAUGCUUUACAGAGAUUCAAUUUCGUCACGGACCAUACUCACCUUCUGAAAUUUCUUCAUAUAUAAUGCAGUAGAUUGCAAAAUUGACACAUUGAUUGUUUUCUUUUACUGAAGAACUGAUACAUGUUGUAUCCAUUCUAUUCUUUGGUUAAAUAUCUAAACAUUAAAUUAUUUUGUUGGGGUUAAUUUAAGCCCCUGAAUCCCAUUAAUUGGGACAGAUAGAACCACAGGAAUACACUCUAUUAUGAAAAUAAUAAAAUGGAACUUAGUAUUUUUUUUAA